CCUUUGCCGACGGCAUCCGCGUAAUCGGCGGCUUGCGCGAUUCCAAAGUUUGUCGAAAAUACCUAGGCGGGUGGGCGGCGCCGCGACGCCGAGGACUCUCACGCCGCUUUCAUUCUGCGAGUCGGCGCCGACGCCGACGCGCUUCGAACGACAACCGACCGACCGAACCGACUCCCGCCGACCGUGUACUCCGCGACAUGCGCGCUUCUCGAAAUGGGUAACGUGCAGUGCUGCGCCAGCGGACGCUUCAAGGAGGGCAACCCGCCUAAUAAACCAAAGAACAAAAAGAAGAAAUCAAAAGGACUCAAAGGUGUAAGCAAGAAAAGCAACGGUGUUGGUAGUGGGAAAGGCAACGCGUUUGUUCAGAAGGCAUUAACAGUGGCGGAGGACGGAUCCGAACGAGCGGCUCCGGCCGUUUCCCCGGCUGAGGCUUUAGCACAAACAUCACCACCCGCCGAUGAACCACCCGCAGUUGGUGCCUCAGACGAACAACUAAGAGCCGAGACGGAGGCUAAUGAUUCAGAUGCUGCCGAAUCGGAUGGAUCGCGCACUGAAAGCAUGGCAGCCGCAAGAGAACGUUUUUUUGGACAGGUCCGUUCCGAAGAGUCCCUUCUUGCACAAGAAAAGAUCCCGAAGAACUCUCGAUGGAUACCUGAGCUCACGCUCGAUGGAAGCAACAGUCUGAAACACAACGGCAGCGCCAAAGACUUGGCAUCGGUCAUGGAGAAUCUAAAGAAGGGCGGACUGGUCUCCAGACAAAACCAGUCCUUAAAUACACAAGUCACUAGUUCGACACAACAGAUGGUCUCCAGUACUACGUCGAGUAGCGCGGCCUCCAGUCAGCGUAUGCAAAGUUCUUCUCAAAGACUGCAGCACAUGGCAACUUCGGAAAUGAAAGCCAGUUCGAUGAAAUCUGAUCUGACUGAACUAAAAAGUUCGAUUUCCGAAAUGAAGAAUCUAAGCAGUACAGCAGCUAAAAACUUUGGGCAAAGAUUGCGAAGCUCCAUGGAAAACAUAGUAGAUCAAGAUGAUAUGGGCGAACGCCACCUUCCUGAUAUACGAGAUCUUGGUGAAAUAAGCGAUUUGGGUAAUAUGAGUGAUAUGAGCGAGCUCCAAGGGGACGGACCACUGGUGACUUUUCCCGAAUCCGAUACGCCACCUCCUAUGAGUGAAAAACCAUCUUUGCUUUCUGGAAACACAGUAGCCGUUGGAUCAAGUGCUGCAAAUGAAUUGAAGUACAGUGCGGCACGGGUCACGUCAGCUAGUUCGACCCGGGUUGUAGCUGACGGCUACAGUGCAUCGAGAUCAGCCGCGAACAGUGCAAGGAUGCGUCGUCUACAGCACGGCGAACUGCAGUACGCUGAAAGAAGUGCGGCUGGAGCAUCACAUCGACUGCUACAGGCCGAAGGACUUACUGCCGAACAAAACGCCGCGUACCUUCAAGAGCAGCGUUCCUUAAAAGCGGGUGAAAUGAGUGCGCAAGAAGCUAAUAAUAUGUCCGCUUCGAGUUCGAGACUGCAAACCGAAGCUUUCAGUGCCGAGAAAAAAGCUAUGGCUUCAGCGCAAGCACGACAAACUGUCACAUCCAGUGGGAUGUUCUCUCACAAGGAACACUCCACUAUGGCACAAUCGAAUAUGACAAUCUCGAGCAAGAACCUCACAACCAAAUCAACGCUUCUCUCCUCACAGAUGAGUCAAUUACUGAACGGGACCAUCAAACCCGGCGACGAAGAUCUCACAAAUUUAACUUUCGAGGAUUUAAACAAUCUAAACGCCAAUUCAAAUCAAAAGGAUGUAGACAUGGCCAUACAGAAAUAUUCAUCGCGAAUGAACGCUUUCAUUACAUCCAUAAAAAACAAACAAAUGGAUAUGAAAAAUGCAUCUAUACAUUUCAGUAAACUGAAUGAAAUGUUGAGGAGAGCUUGGGCGGUACCUACAUAUGGACACGAACUUGGCUAUUCACUUUGCAAUACAUUGCGGACUUCGGGUGGCUUAGACAUUCUGAUGGCGAAUUGUUUGGAGUCUAACAAUCCGGAACUGCAGUUCUCAUCUGCCAAAUUACUUGAGCAAUGUCUCACGACAGAAAACAGGGCGCACGUCGUAGAGAAUGGUCUCGAAAAGGUCGUAAACGUCGCAUGUGUUUGUACGAAGAAUGCGAAUUCCGUGGACCACUCUCGAGUUGGUACAGGCAUUUUGGAGCACCUGUUCAAGCACAGCGAGAGCACUUGCGAUGACGUCAUCAAAUUAGGAGGUCUGGAUGCGGUGCUGUUCGAAUGCAGAAAAAACGACGUGGAAACUUUGAGACACUGCGCGACGGCUCUAGCGAACUUAUCUCUAUACGGUGGCGCGGAAAACCAAGAAGCUAUGAUCAAGAGAAAAGUACCGAUGUGGCUGUUUCCUUUGGCAUUUCAUAACGAUGACAACAUUAAAUAUUACGCGUGCUUAGCUAUAGCGGUCCUAGUCGCUAACAAAGAAAUCGAAGCCGCCGUAUUGAAAUCUGGGACAUUAGAUUUGGUCGAACCGUUCGUUACGUCACACAAUCCUUCCGAAUUCGCGAGAUCGAAUCUCGCUCACGCGCACGGUCAAAGCAAAAAUUGGCUGAAAAGAUUAGUUCCGGUGUUGAGUUCGAAGAGGGAAGAAGCUAGGAAUCUGGCGGCGUUCCACUUCUGCAUGGAAGCCGGGAUCAAGAAGCAACAGGGGAACACGGAGAUCUUUAGAGAAAUAGGUGCCAUAGAAUCGCUCAAGAAAGUUGCCAGUUGCCCAAACGCGGUGGCCUCUAAAUACGCCGCGCAGGCUCUUCGACUUAUCGGGGAGGAAGUUCCACACAAGUUAUCACAGCAGGUUCCCCUCUGGUCAAUCGAAGACGUAAGAGAAUGGGUCAAACAAAUAGGGUUUUCGGAAUACGCUACAAACUUUUACGAAAGCAGAGUCGACGGUGAUUUACUGUUGCAAAUCACGGAAGAGAAUUUAAAAGAAGACAUAGGCUUACAAAAUGGGAUCAAAAGAAAAAGAUUUACCCGCGAACUCCAACAAUUAAAGAAAAUGGCCGAUUACACGUCUCGCGACACAGGGAGUCUGAAUGAGUUUUUACAAAGCAUUGGUCCGGAAUACACUAUAUACACGUACUCUAUGCUCAACGCUGGCGUAGAUAAAGAAUCUAUUCGAGGCCUGAGCGACGAGCAAUUGGAAAGCGAAUGUCGCAUUGGCAACAGCAUUCACAGACUAAGGAUAUUGAAUGCCAUCAAAGCUUACGAAAACAGUUUACCCAGUAAAGGCGAAGAGAACAUGGAGAAGAAUUUGGACGUCUUCGUCAGCUAUAGAAGGUCAAAUGGAUCGCAGUUGGCUAGCUUGCUCAAAGUGCACUUACAGUUGAGAGGUUUCACGGUUUUCAUCGAUGUGGAGAGGCUAGAAGCAGGCAAAUUUGACAAUAAUUUGCUGCAGAGUAUCAGACAAGCUAAACACUUCUUGCUAGUUCUCACACCAAACGCCUUGGACAGGUGUAAGAGUGAUCAUGACAGGAAAGACUGGGUCCAUCGGGAAAUUGUAGCAGCGUUACAAUCGCAGUGUAACAUUGUGCCAAUUAUCGACAACUUCGAAUGGCCUAAAGCUGAGGAGUUGCCUGAAGAUAUGAGAGCCGUGUGCCAUUUCAACGGAGUCCGGUGGAUUCACGACUACCAAGACGCUUGCGUCGAAAAACUUGAAAGUUUCCUACGUGGAAAGUCUAAUCUCGCCAAUCGCCUAGAGGGACAGCUCAGAGGUCGCGGGGACGUCCAAACCCCCGGGACCGCUACGAUAGGUCGCGGACCGCCGAACUAUCAACGGAUGGCGUCUUGCGAGAGCCGCGGUAGUGAUAAAGCAGAUUGACUAGAGCCGUCCAUACACACGCUGCCGCCUAUUAGACCACGCCGUAAUCGCCAUUCCCUGAAUAAAGCCACACCAAUCACCACGCAAAGUUGUGAACAAUUGAACAGCAGUAACGUCUCGUCGAAGAGCGUAUCUCCAGAAAAAUCUUUGCACAGUCUGCCCGAGAGACUAUCUGAAAGUAGUGAUAAUUUAGAUUUAAACGAAGCCGAAAGAACAUCACGGAGAUGUCGUAGCUGCGAAGGGAUACUCGACGCAGAUGAGCAACGUCACACCCAAUUGUCAUUGCCUGCGCCUUUAGAUGCCGCCACGCAAACGAAGAGAAAACGAAAUUUUAUGGACAGAUGCGUGAACAAAGUGAGACUAUGCUGAUAAAUGAUGAUGAUAAUGAUGAUAAAUAAACAUAUUCGAAUAAAACAGGAACGCAUACGCUUGCAGAGUGUGUAUUUAAAAUGACUGCGUUAUUAAUUGGACUGUAAUCGCAUUAAUUAAGUGGAUCUUAUUUUUUAAAGUACAAAUGUUGUGCGCACAUUGUGUAUAUAAUUUUGUGUACGCAUAUUUAAUUCUAAAAGUGUACCUAGUAGAAACACAUUCGGUAUAUAUUAAAGAUUGUAAUCUCAUUGAGUGCAUGUGGAAAUUAUGUGAAAAGUAAUUGCUACCCUGCUGUGUUGGAGGAACAUCGCAUAAGGUGGUAAUGUUGUUAUAAAAUGGCCAGUUUGCUAUUAUUAUAGUAUGGCGUGUUUAUUAUACGUAUAAUUUUCUCGAUUUUGGCAAAUAAUAUCUCUCUAUCUCUUCACUCUCUAUAGAUUUUACAAAGAGUUAAUGGAUGUAGCUAUUUUACUUUGUCUUAUUAUCUUGCCAAUAAAGUAUUGUAAAAAGAAAACAAAAUUAUAAAUUGCAAAUGUGAUAGCUUAGAUCUUCUAGAAAUUAUAUAAAAUAAAUACAAUCACUCAAUAUAAAAGAUUCGCUAGUACAUACCUAAUUUAUUUUUUCACUAUUUUAUGGAAUACUAUUGUAAAGACGAUGAUACUGUGAAUUGUACAAAAUUUUAAUAGUGUGUAGUGUUCAUUUUAAGAUAUAACCAUAGAGCUAUUUUAUCCAGAAGCAUUGUAUUUAUGUACUAGCCUAACAAGAAAAUAAAUAUUAUCAAAACAAA